GAGCUUCACAUCAGAGUCAACACUUCAGAGCUUCAUAUCAGAGCUUCACCUCAGAGCUUCACUUCAGAGCUUCACCUCAGAGCUUCACUUCAGAGCUUCACUUCAGAGCUUCACCUCAGAGCUUCAGCUCAGAGCUUCAGCAGCAGACAUGGUGCAGCUGUACUGUUGGGGUGACAGCUCCAGUGGACAGUACGGGCCACAGACGGCCCUCAGCCCGGUGUCCUGGACCGUCCCCCGGGAUAUUACCUCCAUCUGCUGCGGGGACCAGUUCACUUUAUUCCUGUCAGGGGAUGGAGGCGUUUUCUCAUGUGGACACAACUCAAGGGGACAACUGGGACGAAGUACACCCACAGAUGGAAGGACACUAGGUCGUUUGGAGGGGCUUGGCAAUGUGGUGAUGAUGGCAUGUGGUCAGGAGCACUGUCUGGCUCUGUGUGCGUCUGGAGACGUUUUCUCCUGGGGGGCUGCAGAGAAUGGACAACUGGGGAUGUUGUUGAAUCCACAGCCAACCCACAUCAGACCAAGUCUGGUGCCCAUACCUCUGCGGAUACAAGUGAUUCAGGUUGCCUGUGGAAACUUCCACUCUAUGGCGUUGACUAAAGGAGGAGACGUCUUCUCGUGGGGUUUGAACAGACAUGGUCAGCUAGGUCUGGGGAAGGAGGUGGUCUCGCAGCACACGCCCGUCCUGGUGUGUGCUCUGUCUGGCGUACCUGUGACCCAGAUAGCAGCCGGAGAGAGCCACACCCUGUUCCUCACACUCUCAGGCCUGGUGUACUGCUGUGGGGCCAAUAAAUCUGGCCAGCUGGGGCUCAACAGGGUGGAUGAGAAAGGCAGGUUUAACAUCUGUAUGGUGCCUGCGCUCAGACCUCUGGGUGUCUCCUUCAUGAGCUGUGGAGAAGCUCACUCCGCUGUGUUAACAAAGGAUGGUAGAGUUUACACUUUUGGAGAGGGACGCCACGGUCAGCUGGGUCACAGCUCCUCCGCCAAUGAAGUGGGACCCAGACUGGUCGACGGUCUGAAUGGACCUGCUUCACAGAUCCAAUGUGGCCGGAGUCACACUCUGGUGUUGGGCUUGUCUGGUCAGCUGUGGGCUUUUGGCAAUGGGGUCAAAGGUCAAACUGGGACUGGGCAAGCAGAGAACAAUCUGAGUCCCACUCUGGUUCAACUUCCAUGGACCGCUGACAGUGCAGCAGCCAUACCCACAGACUUGAAAAUAUCAGCUGGGUGGAACACGAACUUUACUUACUCUUCACCUGCACAGAUUAAGGGGGAGAUAACCGGAAGACUCGAUGAGAUGAAGCUGCAAACAUGGCUGUCAAUGACAGAUGGCAAUGAAGAGGCAAAGAGAGAAAUAUCGUCAAUAUUUUUGACAAGUACAAGUCUUGUUGCAAGUUUCACAAAAGCCAAUGGGCCUUCAUUAGAGGCUGGUGCUUUAACUGUGGACCUGGAAGCUGCGAGCCGAGCUUUUGACCAGCUGCUGAAAAUACCAUGGAUCAAACAAGCAAUGAAACUUGAUCUCCUCUUGGACUUGCUUGGUGAAUCGAUGAUGACCCUUAAAUCUCCAGAGAUCCUGCUGAUUCUGCUGACGUGCCCUCUUCUCCAAGAGGACUCAAUGGUCAUGAGGGGAUCGCUGCCUCUGGCCAUCAUCAUUGGAAAUCUGAAAGAGAAGCCUCUGGCAGCUCUAAGAGGCUGGUGGUCUUCGGUGACACCCUCUGUCCUGAUGAAACACAUCCUGGUCUUCAAAAACGCCCUUGCCUUCAUGUUGAAAAACCGCCUGUUGACAACUCACAACCCGGGAAUCAAAUACCUGCUGGAAGUUCUCAAACUACUUUACAAGGCCAACAGAGCUGGAAAUUCCUACAAAGUCCCACUGAGCACAUUUUAUGUGGAGGAAAUCAGGGACAACGUGCAGCCACUCGAAGACUUUACUCUGUGGUUUACAUUUUCUAGGGUGGAGGUUGAAGAUGACCCACCUGCCAUUUUCUGCCGCUUCCCGUUCUUGUUGACUCUGGAAUGCAAGGCAGGGAUCUUCAACAUCCAUGCACAUGUAAUGAAGAAAGCGUACCAUUUAAUUGACUGGACUUCGGAGGUGAGUGGAGAUGCUUUGGUAAAUCCCCCAAACUUUGCCCCGGCCCCACCCUUCCAGCUGACACUGAGACGAACUCACCUCGUCGAAGACACCUUCAGACAUCUGGAUGCGGCCGACCACUGCGUCUUCAAAAGAGAGCUUUCGGUGCAGUUUGUGGAUGAGAGAAAGGUGAAGAUGGUCAACAAGAGGGACUUCUUCCUCCACGUGUUUGAUGAGCUCAUCGCUCCUGAGUCUGAGAUGUUCAUGUACAAUGACAGCAAGACUCUGAUGUGGUUCCCUCCCAGACCCAAGGUGGAGGUGAAGAGUUACUUCCGGUUCGGGGUUUUGUGUGGCAUGGCUCUUUACAACCACAACAUUGUCCACCUGCCCUUCCCACUGGUUCUCUUCAAGAAGCUGCUCAGGGUCAAACCCUCAUUGGAUGAUAUGGAGGAGUUCGACCCUGUCAUGGCAAAGUCUUGGCGUUGCAUGAUGGACUACACUCCAGAUAAAGUCAAAGAAAUGGACAUUACCUUCAAUGUGGCCUGGGAGGGUGAGCAAGUUGAGCUUGAUCCGAGAGAAGCUGGAAAACCUGUCACAAGCUCAAACAGGAAAGAGUUCAUUGAUGCCUUCCUCAACUACGCCUUCAACAAGUCGGUGGAGGGCGUGUUUGAAGAGUUCAAGAGAGGGUUUUUCAAAGUGUGUGACAGGGAUGUGGUGGACUUCUUCCAGCCGGAGGAGCUACAGGCGGUGAUGAUGGGCCAAGAAGACUACGACUGGCAGGUGUUCAAGCAGAACACAGUUUAUGAAGGAGAGUAUCAUGCCGGACAUCCAACCAUCAUCACCUUCUGGGAGGUGUUUGAGAAACUGACAGUGGAGGAGAAGAAAAAAUUCCUUCUGUUCCUCACAGGCUGUGACCGCGUACCCUUCCAGGGUAUGAAGAGCAUCAUAAUGAGAGUCACCGUCUUGGCCAACAGCACCGAACUCCAUCUGCCAGAAUCCCUCACCUGUUACUAUCUGUUGUUACUGCCCAACUACCAGAGGUACCCGGUGGAGAGGACCAUGAAGACCAGGCUUCUUCAGGCCAUUAAUAACAAAGGAGGUUUCUGUAAGAAGGAGAAAACCAUACACUGAAGUAACUACGUGUCUUACAUUCAGUUAGUCACUGCACUGUGUUAUUUUAGUGUCUUAAACUGUGUUGAAACUUGGGGUGAACAUUAUUUUUAAGAAAGGAGUUAAUGUGGAGUUAUUUAGUAGCAUCAUUAUCAGUAGUUAUUAAAACCCCGUCUGCAUUAUUUUCUUUUUCCUAGUUCUCUUGGUGAUGGUUGAUGACACUUGCACUAUAACUAUAUAUAAACUUAGGGAGGGAAAGAAAUAAAGACAGAGAGAAAGAAAUACGGAGCAAAGAUGAGAGAAAGAGAAAUAAAGGGAAAGAGAGGGACAAAAAUAAGAAAAGCAGAGCGGGAAACUAAGACACAAGAAAGAAAGUGUCUGACAGGUAUAUCAUCGGGAAAUGUUUUUUUUUUGUCAUUUGUUACCUAAUAAACAAACAAUAAAUGUUCUUCACUGUCGUUUUAGAUUCAUGUUUAAAUAUUAUUUUAGAGCAUG